GUCAAUGGUCAUUAUUAUCAGUGGCUGGACAAGCCUGAAUUGGGUGAUUUUGAAAUUGGGUGGCAGCUUGUGUCACCUAGCCACAAUUUUAAAGUUUCUGUAUAUUUUGGUUAAAACUAAAACAAAAUGUUUUAAUUGUGCUAUUUUAUUUUAUUUUAUUGGCUUUCUAUGUAAAAGCUAGUCUACAAUAAGCGUGCAUAUUAAAUUAUUAUUCUGUACUCUCUUUCUGCUCGUAUCGGGUUUUCCACCCGCCUGCUUUUUCUGUGUUGCAGAGUUCGCGGCGGCCGUGGUGGCAGAAAUGCCAGGUGCAACUUCACCUUCCCAAAAAAGGUGUCCCAAGUCAAGUUAACAGAACGUUCCCCCCGCUUCGUCCAGCGAGAACUCUACCUAACUCACGAUGAGCACGAUACUCGAAAAGAUAGCGGCCAUCGAGGCCGAGAUGGCCCGGACGCAGCGCAACAAGGCCACCAUGGGCCACCUCGGCCUGCUCAAGGCGCGGCUGGCAAAGCUGCGCAGGGAGCUCAUCACGCCCAAAGGCGGGGGAGGGGGCCCCGGGGAGGGCUUCGAUGUAGCCAAGACCGGAGACGCACGCAUAGGAUUCGUCGGGUUCCCCUCGGUGGGCAAAUCCACCCUGAUGAACACCCUUGCCGGGGUGUUCUCCGAAGUGGCAGCGUACGAGUUCACCACCCUCACCACUGUGCCCGGCGUCAUCAAAUACAAGGGGGCCAAGAUACAGCUGCUGGACCUGCCCGGGAUCAUAGAGGGGGCAAAGGAUGGCAAGGGCCGGGGACGGCAGGUCAUCGCCGUGGCCCGCACGUGCAGCCUGAUCUUCAUUGUGCUGGACGUGCUGAAGCCACUGCAGCACAAGCGGAUACUGGAGCGGGAGGUGGAGGGCUUCGGCAUCCGACUCAACAAGGAGCCCCCUGCCAUCUCCCUGAGGCGCAAGGACAAAGGCGGCAUCAACCUGCAGAUGCUGGUGUCCCAGUCGGAGCUGGAUGCGGACACGGUAAAGACGAUCCUGUCAGAGUACAAGAUCCACAAUGCGGACGUGACGCUGCGCUGCGACGCCACCUCUGAUGACCUGAUUGACGUGAUCGAGGGAAACCGCAUCUACAUCCCCUGCAUCUACGUCCUCAACAAGAUCGACCAGAUCUCCAUCGAGGAGCUCGACAUCAUCUACAAGAUCCCGCACUGUGUCCCCAUCUCGGCCCACCACAAGUGGAACUUCGACGACCUCCUGGAGAAGGCCUGGUCUUACCUGAGGCUCAUACGCAUUUACACCAAGCCCCAGGGCCAGCUUCCAGACUACGAGGCGCCGGUCAUCCUGAGCCAGGAGCGGAGGACCGUCGAGGACCUGUGCAACAAGCUUCACCGCACCAUCCUCAAGGAGUUCAAGUGUGCCUUGGUGUGGGGUUCUUCGGUCAAGCACAACCCGCAGAAGGUGGGCAGGGAGCACGUCCUCAACGACGAAGACGUCGUGCAGGUCGUCAAAAAAGUGUGACGAAGGAGCCAAGCCACCGACGCGUUCAGAGAGGGCGCUGUAAAUACAGAACGACGCUGUGCUGGAAUGGAUGCCUCGCCCGGCCAAGCAGCCGUCUCUCCGUGUCCACUCGCUCGUCGUGUUCAGACACGGGGAGCGUAAGAAGACGAGAUGAAGAAAGUGGGAGACGAAUAAAUUAGCAAGAAAAA